GAAAGACGAAAAAACUAAGCUGUAGCAGUAGCAAGCGAACGUCCGUCUCCGUCUCCUUUCCUCUCUCGCCUCAUCAACAGCAAAGAGCAAACUACUCUUCACUACACAAUCCUUCAGCCACUGAUUAUAUAAAUAAAUAAAAAGUAUUCUGAAAAAGCUCCAAACACGAACACCAUUCUUUCCCGAGAGAGAAACACACUUACUACACUCACAUUUCCAGCCAACCAGCUACAUUGACCGUACAAUGAGGAGAAGCAGUUAAGAUCUUGAUUUAUGACCGUCUAAUCUUGUUUGAUUUUUUUCAUCAAGAUGGGGAGUGUGUCUUCUGAUGAUGAUGGUGGUGGUAGUGAAAGGUGCGGGAGCUAUAGUUUGAGUGCCGACGUCAGCGAGUCGGAGAGCUGUACUAGUUCGAGUAAUUUCUCGUGUCGGCGAGGGCUUGGUCGUGAUGGUGGUGGUGCUUCGAGUUCGAUGACGUCAUCUCCGCGUCCGGUGGCUGGAGGUUUCUGUUUUCCGGCGCCGGUUAUGGUUCCUGUUAUUGGUGGUAAAGAUGUGGUGGUCUGGGGCUCAAAGAAUGAGAAACGAAGGGAGACUGAUUUGUCUGAGGUUGAGAUGAUGAAAGAAAGAUUUGCUAAGCUUCUACUAGGAGAGGACAUGUCUGGUGGUGGUAAGGGAGUCUGUACUGCACUUGCCAUCUCAAAUGCCAUUACAAAUCUCUCUGCGACUGUUUUUGGCGAGUUGUGGAGGUUAGAGCCAUUGUUGCCGCAAAAGAAGUCGAUGUGGAAAAGGGAAAUGGAAUGGCUGUUAUGUGUGAGUGAUUCGAUUGUUGAGCUUGUACCUUCGAUGCAGCAAUUUCCUGGUGGGGGAACUUAUGAGGUUAUGGCAACUAGACCACGCUCGGAUUUGUAUGUGAAUCUGCCCGCGCUCAAGAAGCUUGAUGCUAUGUUGAUUAGUAUGCUUGACGGGUUUUGUGAAACGGAGUUUUGGUAUGUUGAUCGGGGGAUAGUUGUGGCUGAUGGUGGUGAUUGUGAUGCCUAUCCGUCGGGUAUUUCUGGGGGGAGGCCUUCUACUAGGCAGGAAGAGAAAUGGUGGUUGCCAUGUCCAAAAGUGCCACCAAAUGGGUUGUCAGAUGAUGCAAGGAAGAGGUUGCAGCAGUGCAGAGAUUGCACCAAUCAGAUAUUGAAAGCAGCAAUGGCUAUUAAUAGUAGCGUGCUAGUUGAGAUGGAAAUACCCACUGCUUACAUGGAGACCUUGCCCAAGAAUGGAAAAGCUUGCCUUGGUGAUAUCAUCUACCGCUACAUAACCGCUGAGCAGUUCUCACCAGAUCGCCUCCUCGAUUGCCUUGACCUUUCAACAGAACAUUAUACUCUGGAAAUAGCAAACAGGAUCGAGGCAGCGGUGCAUGUAUGGAAGCAGAAAGAUCAUAAAAAACAUACCCAUAACAUGAGAAUUAAGCACUCGUCAUGGGGCGGCAAGGUCAAGGGCUUUGUUACAGAUUCGCAUAAGAACCAGAUUUUGACCCAACGAGCAGAAACUCUCCUACAGAGCUUAAGGCUUCGUUUCCCUGGCCUCCCACAAACAACUUUGGAUAUGAACAAGAUUCAAUAUAACAAGGAUGUCGGGCAGUCAAUUCUCGAAAGCUACUCAAGAGUAAUGGAGAGCUUGGCCUUCAACAUUAUGGCAAGGAUAGAUGAUGUUAUUUACGUAGAUGAUGCAAUAAAGCAAUGUGCUGCAGCAGAAUCGAUGUCCCUCUUCAACAGAGGAGGAUUAGGAGGUCUUCCCAUCCAGAAGAGAAUGUCUCCUAGCCCCUUCUCAAUCCAACAAAGCCCUUUUGCCUCUCCAUUUGCAACGCCUACGUAUUGUGCUUCGACUCCAGUGUCCGGAAGUCCAGAAAGGGUGCCAUCCUCCCUAAAGAGGGGCAAACCUAAGGAAGCACCUGAUCGUAAGUUGGAAAAACCACUGUCAUCUGACUUUGAGACGGUUUGGACAUACACAGGCAACCUUAGUUCAAGAAGAGUUUCUGGAGAUGCUCCUGAACGAGAUUGACUUUGAAGCUCUCACCAUCCUGAGUGAGAUUAACUGUUAUUCUAUAAAUGCAAUCAAGAAAACACAUUAAUGUGAUCUGGAUGGAUAUAUAAUGGCUGAGGAGCAUGUAGAAUUCAUAUCUCUAGCCUUGUAUAUUGUUUAGCAAUAGAUAGAUUAUGCUCUAAAUUUUUGAUGUAGUCCCUUUUCAAUUAAGCUGCAAGUGAGGGAAAGCUUACUUCUA